AUGUCAAACUAUGAUGUCCUCGACAACACCCACCACAAAUACUACUACUCCUCCCAGGCUUCGAGUGGUGCCGAGUCUUCCUCAUCUUCGACCUCCUCCUCACCAACCCGACCGCACACUUCGCAAGUAUCUUCCACUGCCUCUCUCGUAGCGUCCACUCAGGGUCACCACAUCCCUCGUCCAUCAACACAACCCCUCUCCAUCCCUCAGCAAUAUCAUUCCUUCGACCACAGUCUCGAGGCCGAGCAAAGACGGGAAGCCGACAUGUUCCGUGACGUCGAGUGGAGAUCACCCAAGCUGGAUCAGUCCGAGAGAGAUAUGUCUUUGAAGCGCGCUUCCUCGGCAGACCCUAGCCAAAGCACAAAUACAAAGACCAAGCAACAGAAGGAGAACGGCAUCUUUAGAAAGACGUCGCAGAAGUACAGAGGCCUCCGUGCACACCUCCAUGGAAGGACCCGACGCAACUCUGGCGACCUCAUGGAGGGUGUCGAAGGUUCUUCUUCUGCAACCAUCCCUGAACACUCGGCAUCUUCUGGCCCUUACCACAAGGGCAUCCAGCGCUUUAACCCCACCAAUCGCUUACUUCAGUCAUUGAAGGCUCCCAGACACGACACACCACAGCCCGUCAACGCUCCCUCACCUACCCUCCAGUCCUCCUCGACCAUGCCUGCCCUUCACUACAACCCCGACCAACACUUCAUGCAUCGCUACGUUUCCGACUCAAAUGCUGGCGAGGCUGCUCGCCGUGCCGCCUCGGCCACCAAUGCUGCCAGCUAUGCUUCAAAUUCUCGUGCAUUCAUCCCUCACUACCAAGCGACAAGAGAUCUCCACCGUAGCCGCAUCGGCAGCAUCCCCGGAGCCAGCGACAGCGGCGCCGAUCUUGCGUCCAACGCCGACUUGGACGUUGAGAUGGCUGAUAUCGCAGAGAUUGUGGCCCCAGUCAACAAAUGCUCGGAUCCUGUUGAAGCCCUUCCUACUGAGAUCGUCACUUUAAUCCUCUCUCACCUGGACCCCGAGAGUCUUAAGGCUGCCCAACGGGUCGCUAAGAGCUGGUCUCGCAUCGCUAAGGACCCUCUUAUCUGGCGUGCUCAGUACCUUCGACAAUACGAGAAGCAGACUUAUGUGUCUCCUGCACCUAUCCAGAUUGGUGGUAUCGGCACUGGACUCCCUCAUCAGCCUAUGCAACAUUGGGAAUUGAUGCACGACGCUAGAAGACGUAUCGACAAGAACUGGACUCGUGGCGAUCAAGGCGGCAAGGGUAUUUACUUGGCUGGCCACACCGAUUCUGUCUACUGUGUUCAAUUCGACGAGCANAAAAUCAUCACUGGAUCUCGCGACCGCACAAUCCGUGUUUGGGACAUCAACACCUACAAGUGCCUUAAGGUCAUCGGCGGUCCUAGCGUUCGUCCCUCUCCUGGCCCCAAGGUUUUGCGUACUGUGGAAUAUCCCAAGUUCCACCAUGCCGAGUCAUCUGUUAAUGGCACUGCCUACGGCAACAGUAUCUACCACGUCCCCUCUGACUUCCACAGCGCCAGUAUUCUUUGCUUGCAGUACGACCACGAGAUCCUCGUUACUGGUUCUAGUGACAACGAUCUUCUGGUCUGGAACGUCAACACUUUCGAACCCAUCCGUCGCCUGAAGCAGCACACUGGCGGUGUCCUUGAUGUUGCUUUCGACGAGAAGCACAUCGUUUCCUGCUCUAAAGACUGCACCAUCAUUGUCUGGGAUCGCAAGACUCUCGAGCCCAUUCGCACUCUUACUGGCCACCGCGGUCCAGUCAACGCUGUCCAACUUCGUGGCAACCUUCUUGUCUCUGCUUCGGGCGACGGUGUUGCGCGUCUGUGGGACUUGAACAAGAUGCAAUGUGUCCGUGAAUUCCCUCAGAAGGAGCGCGGUCUCGCUGCCGUUGAAUUCAGUGACGAUGCUAAGUUCGUCCUUGCUGGUGGUAACGACCACGUCACCUACAAGUUCGAAGUCGCUACUGGAAACGAGGUCAAGCAAUUCACUGGCCACACUCAGCUCGUGCGUUCGCUGUUCCUUGACACUCAGAACCGUCGCGUCGUCAGUGGCUCUUACGACUUGGACUUGCGGGUGUAUGACUAUGACACUGGCGCUCUCCUCGGUCGCUUCAACGAGUGGACCACUUCUUGGAUGUUGGCUGCCAAGUGUGAUUACCGUCGCAUUGUCUCGACAAGUCAAGAUGGUCGUAUCCUCAUGAUCGACUUUGGCCGUGACGCUUCUGGCCAAGUCAUGCCUGGUGUCGAGCUUCUCAAGGGCGUAUCACCGCUCUCGCUAUAA